GAAGCUUCCACCAAAUACCUUUCUAAAUAACUUAUUAGAAACUAUCGAACAAUUUUCACACAGUGAUCACAUGAAAUGUAGUGUUUGUGAAAAGGAAAGACAAGUAAAAUACUACUGCCAGGAUUGCAGACAGUAUUUGUGCUCUACUUGUAGUGAUCAACAUAAGAGGUAUACACUCUUUGUAAAUCACAAGUUACAUUUACUGGAGGAUGUGCAAUCAAUGAGUCCCUCUGAGAUGACUUUGUUACAUCCGCCUCUGUGUUCACAUCACAGUAAACCUUUGGAGUUCUACUGCACAGAUUGUAAAACUCCAAUCUGUGUGAAUUGUAUACUUAUGGACCACAAUGCAUGGGAUGGAAAGCACAAAUCAAUCAACAUUUCAGAUGCAUUCCAAACAUUUAAAGAGACUUCAGCCACCUUGGAAAAAUCUGCACAACGCUUCAUAAACAAAUUAGAAGGUGGUCUCAAAGCUGUUAUCCACAAUGCUGCAAAAUUACAACAAAAUAAAGACACAUGUUUAAUAGAUAUAGACAAUCAUGUAGAUGAAAUAUUCAAAAAAGUAAAAGAGAAUAGAGACAAAAUGAAAAAUGAAGUAGAGACAAUCUACAAAAGAAAAAAGAAGGUAAAUGAUGUACAAAUGGAUGAAUUUAAAGCAAUAUUAUCUGAUAUAAAAACAAAACUGUCUUUUCUUAAUCAAUUAUUGAAGAGUAAUGAAGGCACUGCAAUGCAGUCAAGUGAACCUGUAAUUACAGCACUCAGGGACAGAAUCAAUGAAUUACCAAAAACAGAGCCAGAUGAUAAUGGAGAAAUUUACUACUUCAUAAACAAACGGCAAAUGACUUCAUUGAGACAAUGUGCUAUAGGGACUGUAAAAGAUUUUAGGGCAGCAGACUGUUUAACACUAAAAGGAGAGGAAUCUGUGAUCACAGAUCAGACAAUUAUAGUCAAAAUAAUCAAAACAGAUGAACAUGAAAAAUAUGCAAAUCAACUGAAGGCAACAUGGACACAGCCUACAGGGGAAACCAAAAUCUCUCAAAUUCAGGAAGACGACAAUGGAGAUUAUUUUGUGACAGGAAAAUGCACAAGUCCAGGAGUUUGUAAACUAGAUGUGAGUGCUGAUGAUGAAUCAGUUAACCAAUCACCAAUGACAAUCAAAGUAGAAGAGGGAAGAUUAGUAAAUACUAUUAAAAUAAAUGCAACAUAUAUUAGAGAUGUAGUUAAGUGUGAAGAUGACUCCUUACUGGUUUCAUGUUGGACAAAUGAAAUGCUCAAGUACAAGCAAUCAGGAGAAUAUAUUGGUAAGGUUACACUACCACAAGGUGUGGAAGUUUACAGAAUGUACAAAAUGAAGAAUGGUAACAUAGCAUUCAGUGAUUACAAUAAUACACCUAUCAGAAUAUGCAAUAUGAAUGGUCAGCUGAUUAAAACAAUUAGUGAGGGAGCAAAGAAUACACCACGGAAAAUUCAUGUGGAUGAGACAUCAAAUGUUUUGUAUGCAGGAGGUUGGUUCAGUAGCUGUGUGUACAUGUUUGACAUGAAUAAUGGCAAGACCAUCAGAACAAUAGGGUCAGAAGGUACAAAAGAAGGUCAAAUGAGUGAUGUCAGUGAUGUUACUCUUACUAACCAAGGACACCUUCUUGUAUUGGAUAAAGGCAACAGUAGAUUACAAUUAUUUAAUAAUGAGGGAAGGUUCAUAAAAGUCCUUGUUGAAGCAGGUGAUGAGGAUGGUAAAGUAAAUUCUCCAAGUUCAGUAGUAGUUGAUGAGGAUGACAACAUCAUUAUAUCAAGUCAGCACAAACUACAGAUAUUCAGUAGUGAUGGAACUUUCAUAAAAAGAAUUGAUAAACCAGAAGAUAGAAUCAACGAUCCAGAGGGAUUAUCCAUCAUUUCCUAUCAUCCAAGGAGACUUGCAGUAGCAAAUACUGGUGACAAAACAGUCAAAAUAUUCAAUUAUUAAAUACUGACAGUCCACUUGCUUCACUUGUGUGUUUUAAACAAUUCAAAUUUAUAAGUGUAGGAAUAUCUAUGUAUCCAUUAUUUCAUAUCAUCCACAUAGAGUUAAGUUAUGGAUCUUAAACUUAAAAUAAUUAUUGAAUACAUUAAUAUCGAAAUAUAAAGUUGCAUAAUGUUUAUAAACUUGUUAAAAUAUUUGAUUAUUGAAUAUGAUAUACAUAGAGCUGAAGUUAUGGUUUUUUUGUAAACUGUUAAAAUAUUAAUUAUUCUACAUAAAUGAUAUCUAUAGAGUUAAUAAUAUCUCUAUAGACUAAAGUCUCUUAAUAUUUUAUCUAUCGAAGAGGCAUUUAAAGUUCAGAAACUUGUACUAGGUUUUAAGAUUUUAAAAGGUUUUUGCCCUUCAUUUUCUCAGUAUGUAAAUAGUAGUCAAAGAUGUAAAGGUAGACUUACACAUUGGAAUGCAAAGUCUAAUACUUUUCUUAAUUCUGUUUACGUUAUAUUCCCACGACUAUGGGAACAAUUACCAAUAGAAAUUCAAAAUUAUCAAUCAAUUUCAUUAUUUAAGUCUGCUCUUACAAAAUAUCUUCUUUCAAUGUAUUAAUUAACUAAUUUCAUUUUAAAAUUUUAGUAUCUAAGUUUAAAUUUGUUAUUUUUAUUUUGUGUUCUAUGGAGCAAGUACAUUGAUUGUUUGGGCUUUCGCCUAUUGUAAUCUGCCAACCUCAACUGUUUACAGUGUAGUUCUCAUCAAAUUUGAAUCACACACUAU